AUUCAAAUUAAAAUACAUCGAGAACUAGUUUACUUGAUUGUACCAUACCUUUAUGGUUUUGUACCCUACCUGACAUUUCCCCAAUCACUGCCCACCUUAAACCCUGCCGGCGGCUGCUCAAUUUCCCGGAGCCCCAGUCUCCGCCAUUAACCCGCCUAAUCUCGCUGCUAACAUUAAUGGCCGUCUAGAGCUCACCAUCUGAAUUUAUCUUCAUUCCGACCAAAACCCCUCCCCAAAAUACUCUAGCACAAUGUCGUUCCACUCCGCCGUAAUCCAGAAGCUCCUCAGCGCGAACGCCCAUAUCGGCCGGCGCGUGACCGCCCACCACUUCAAAAUCUUCUCCGAGGGCACCCGGAACUCCGUCAGCGUCAUCGACUCCGACAAGACCCUCAUCUGCCUGCGCAACGCCUGCAACUUCAUCGGCCACCUCGCCCGCAACGAUGCACGCUUCCUGUUUGUGAACACCAACUCGCUGUUCGACGAGAUCAUCUCGCAGAUGACCCAGGCCGUCGGGAUCAAGAACGACCCUACGUGGCGGCUCGGGGGAUUUCUGACCAACAGUUCGAGCCCAAGGAAGUUUCGGGGGAGGAACAAGAAGUUCAACCUCAGCGCGGUCAGGGCCCCAGACUGUAUUGUGAUCUUCGACACGGAGAGGAAGAGCUCAGUGAUUCAGGAGGCGCACAGGCUGCAGAUCCCCGUGGUUGGGCUGGUGGACUCUAGCAUGCCAUGGGAGACUUACCAGAAAAUAACGUAUCCAGUGCCGGCUAAUGACUCAGUAGAGUUUGUGUAUUUGUUCUGUAAUUUGAUCACCAAGACGAUAUUGAAGGAGCAGAAGGAAGCUGCUGUGGAGAAGGAUACGAAGUUGAUAGCAGGAGAAGAUGCUGAACGAGAUAAGACAUCCAAAAAGUUUGUUCUCCCUUAUGAAAGUUUACAACCAUCUCCCGAGGAUAUCUCGGAAAUCAAGCAGCUUUUCGACAAGCUUGUCAUAUUGAAAGUCAAUAGUAGUCUGGGGACUAAGAUCGGGUUUAAUGGCCCCAAGUGUGCUAUGGAAAUUAGUAGUGGUGUGACAUGCCUUGACUUGUUAAUCAACCAGAUUGAGGCACUAAAUGAAAAAUAUGGAUGCAAUAUUCCUCUGCUCUUGGUGAAUGCAGAAAAUGCACAUGAGGGUAUAUUGAAGGUCUUGGAGAAACACACGAAUAAGAACAUUCAUUCUGUUACUCAGAACCACCAUCUCCUGGAACAUGAUGACAACUCUAAGCCUCGUUCAACUAAAGAGCGAGAUAACCAGGAUGAAAUGAAUAGCAUCAAUCUUGCUGGGGUCUUCCUCCCACUGAUGGAUGGCGGAAAAUUGGAUGUGCUAGUAUCACAGGGGAAAGAGUAUAUCCUGAUGUUGAGUGAUGAUAAUCUUGCUCAUGUGAUGUCGAAAUCUUCUGACUUAGAAAAGAGUGAACUUCCACUGAAUGAAGAUGUUUCGACUCCAAGACCGAAGGAAAAUUGGAAAUCCAUUGACACGAUGUGGAUGAACAUCAACUCUAUUGAAAGCCUUGUGGAAAGACGUGCUGCAAAGGGGAAUGUGACCAUUUCAGAGCUGUUCAAUCAGUAUUUUGCUUUGGGUGUUCCUAAAGCAAGAUAUUUGCCCGUUAAAACGACAACAGAUCUAUUUCUGCUGAAGUCUGACUUGUACACAUUUACGGAUGGCACACUGACUCGAAAUACAGCCAGAGAAAAUCCUGAUGACCCAUAUGUUGAAUUGGGACCAGAAUUUGAGAAUGUCAAUGACUUCCAAGCACGAUUCAAGUCCAUUCCUAGUGUUAUCAGGCUUGACAGCUUGGAGGUGACUGGUGAUGUUUGGUUUGGAGCUGGGGUAACUCUUAAGGGGGAAGUUAGUAUACAUGGGAGACCAGGUCUGAAGAUAGUAAUACCCGAUGGCUCAGUGUUGGAAGAUAGAAUUAUCACUAGCCAAGCAGAUGUUUGAGAAGUAUCGGCAUAGCUUUCAUAGACUGGAUAUGGGAGUCGAUGCCCAAGGACUUUGUUGUGAUGAAAUUUGUUUUUGAUUCAUCUAAAUAUAAGGGUUAGGUCGCACUCAUUUUGCAUGAUGCCUGCUAGUGAAUGUGAAAGAAUGGGUGAAAUGAACUAUAGCCAAUAAGUCAUGUUCCGUUGUGUUUGCACUUUGCAGAAGUAAAUUCUUGCGGUUUUUUUUCUACUU